AACCACCCGCACCCGGAGGACUUUGAAGAAGACUGGACAUCGCGCCUUGGCACCAGGCAUGGAUCAAAACAGUGAAGGAAGCAUAAAGAAGAUCAGCAAUGUAAACCUUGACAAACUUAUAGAUGACUUCUCACAGAUAGAAAAGAAAAUGAUAGAAGCCACCGGAAAGAACAACCUUCUGGAUAUUCAGCUGGAAAAGACUAACAGUUUGUUAAAGAUAAUGCAAACCAAAGAAACCUCAUUGAGAGAAGAAUGUAUUACUCUUCAUACUAUGAUAAAGGGGCUACAACAGACUGUUCAAUAUCAACACAAUUUGAAAGGUGAAAAUGAACAACUAAAAAGAAAUGUUGAUUUUAUGAAAGAGAAGUUAAAAUCUCAUGAGCAGGAAUAUAAGAAUAAUAUUGCCAAACUUAUAAGUGAAAUGAAAAUCAAAGAGGAGGAACACAAAACUGAAAUGAACAAACUUUAUCAGGAUAUGCAAAGAAAAGUUGAAUUAAAUGAAGAAAAGAAUAAGGAACUCAUGGCAAAGAAGGAGGUGGAAAUAUCAGAGUUAAAUGCAAAGUUGAGAACUCAGGAGAAGGAAAAGCAAAAUGAAAUCCUCCGACUACAUCUAGAAUUUGACACUAAACUAGCAAGAGCUCAGACUAAAUCAAAAUCAUAUCAGGAUUCUACUAUUUUGCCGCAAAGCAUCUACAGAAGGAAGCUUCAGCAUCUUCAGGAGGAAAAGAGCAAAGAAAUUGCAAGUCUCCAGAGCACUAUCCGAGACCUAGAGCAGCGCCUUGCAGCCUCCAAAGACCCCCGCCGGGCGCGCGGACGGUUUUGAGCAGAGCACUCAAUGCAUUAGCUACAACUUAGGUUUUUUGUUUUUUUUUUCUAAGACAUUAAAAAUUCAUGUGAACAUGCUGAACAAUAAAGAUACAGUUUAAAGCUU